AUGGCACAACACGGAAUAAACCCAGAACUCCUUCCCAUCAGAAUUUCUGCAAGGGCUUUGACUCCAACACCCAAUACUUCACGUCUUGAUCUCCUCUAUUCCACUGUGGAAGCCACCAUCCAAGAUGUGCAAACUCGAUCUGAGGCUCACCCAGACCUCAUUAUAAUUACUGGUAUCACAACACAGGAAGGUCAACAACGCUGGGACAUGCUAGACGAAAAUUUCGAGUCGAACGGGAUCCGAAAGUGCCUCGAUACGCGCACUAAAACCUUGAAUAUCAAGCUAUGA